GCGACCCCAACGUGCUCGACGACGAUCAGCGCCUUCCGUUUAAAUGCAUUUGCUGGUAAAAAGACGGCGUACGGCGCAACUUCGGGCACCCGUUUGCACGCCCGUCUCCCGCCGGGGGCCCGGACCGGCACUCACGGGGCCACCGCCGCUAUACCUCCAAUUCGGCUUUCGGACGACGUUCUAAAUCCCAACCUUCGACUUUGUCCCAAGUUGCAUCUCUCGGAGAGCAGGUCGUGUCGCGAAGUCUGCUUUGGCCAUUAGAAGUUUGUAUCUUUCAAGAUGGCCGGCAUGGAGAGAGUGAUAUCGGGGAAGGAGGUUGCGGAGCACAACUCGAGGGAGAGCUGUUGGAUCAUCGUGCAUGGUAAAGUGUAUGAUGUUACGGAAUUCCUGCCAGAACAUCCUGGCGGUAGUAAAAUCAUUCUGAAAUACGCCGGGAAGGAUGCUACUGCGGAAUACGACCCCAUCCAUCCGCCAAACGCCAUCAGGGACAACCUGCCUCCAGAGAAAUAUCUAGGGCUCGUUGAUCCCAACACCGUAGCCAAGGUCGAGGUGAAGAUUACUGAAGAGGAGAAGGCGCGCCAGCAGCGCAUGGCGCAGCGGCCGCCGCUCUCGGAGAUUCUCAAUUUGCAUGACUUUGAAGCUAUCGCGCGGUUGUGCAUGACUGAGAAGGCGUGGGCGUACUACAGUUCGGCUGCCGACGAUGAGAUAACCAAUCGGGAGAACCACGCGGCGUACCACAGGAUUUGGUUCCGCCCGCGCGUUCUGCGGAAUGUCACGCACGUGGACUGGUCGACGAAGAUCCUCGGCCACCGCACUAAGAUGCCAAUAUACAUCACUGCGACCGCUCUGGGCAAGCUUGGUCACCCGGACGGUGAGCUGAAUUUGACAUGGGCAGCAGCAAAGCACGACGUGAUCCAGAUGAUUCCGACCCUUGCGUCGUGUUCGUUCGACGAGAUCGUUGAUGCGGCGGUGCCUGGUCAGGUCCAGUUCCUACAAUUGUACGUGAACUCUGACAGGGCGAUCACGAAGAAACUCGUGCAGCACGCGGAGAAGCGCGGAAUCAAGGGCCUGUUCAUCACUGUGGACGCGCCGCAGCUCGGGCGUCGGGAAAAGGAUAUGCGCAUGAAGUUUACCGACGAGGACCCCGCGGAGGUGACGGACAACAAGGUCGCGGACAAAGUCGACCGCUCGCAAGGCGCGGCUCGGGCUAUCAGCUCCUUCAUUGAUACUGGGCUGUGCUGGGAGGAUAUUCCGUGGUUCCAGUCUAUCACGAAGAUGCCCCUCAUCCUCAAGGGCGUCCAAUGCUGGGAGGACGCGCUCAUGGCGUAUGAUUCAGGCCUCGCCGGUGUCGUGCUUUCCAACCAUGGCGGGAGACAGCUCGAAUUCUCCCGCUCGGGGAUUGAGACACUCGUCGAGGUCGUGGCGAAGCUGAAAGAGAAGCGCGGGCUGACGUUCCCGAACGAGAAGUUUGAGCUGUACGUCGAUGGCGGCGUGCGCCGCGUGACGGAUGUUCUCAAGGCGAUCGCGUUGGGCGCCACCGCGGUUGGCAUCGGGCGGCCCUUCCUGUACGCGUUCUCCGCGUACGGCCAGGCGGGUGUCGAGCGGGCGUUGGAGAUCCUACAUGACGAGUUUGAGAUGAACAUGCGUCUGCUGGGGGCGCGGACGCUUAAGGAGGUCGUGCCGGAGAUGGUCGAUGCGAAUUGCAUCCAUCAGCAUAUCGUGUCGGUGCCUUCGGAUCGAUUAUAUGAUUCCAAUUAUGAGACUAUGCCGUUGGCGAGGCUCAGAGAGGCGAAGUCGAAGAUAUAGAUGCUCCCAAGUGAAGGAUCUGAACUAGAUUUUUCUUCUUUUCAUGCUGUAUAUAUGUGCUGUUGGGUUGUAUAUAUACCAUCACAUGAGACAUGAUGCAUUAUAUUCUGC